UUAGUCCAGGAGCAUGAGGCGAGUCUGAGAGAUAACAGCGAGGCUGGAAUGCUGGAGUUCCACCCCUGAGCGAUGCAAACGCCUUCAGAUGUUUGGCAGAUGUGGACCGAGGCCUACAGGAUGAAGUGAACACGUGUCAGAGGAUCUUAUCAGGGGAAACGUCACCACCUCACUCUGCUAGCAUAAUGGCAGGCAAUAAGUCCAUUGCAUACUGUUUCCCACUCAACGCCACCUAUUACAAUUAUUCCAACAACAGCACCGUCGCCUCGGCGUACUUCUCCGCCGUGUUCAGCAUGCUGGGCCUCAGCUCCAACCUGUUUGCCUUGAUAGUGCUGGUGAAGACCUUCCGGCACACCAAAAGCCGCUCCCGCUCCUCGUUCCUCCUCUUGCUCUGCGGGCUGGUGGUGACCGACUUCAUGGGCCUGCUGGUCACUGGCUCCAUCGUGGUCUCCUUCCGCAUGACACACUUCAGCUGGAUGUCGGUAGACCCCAAAUGCCACUUCUGCAACUUCAUGGGCAUGUCCAUGGUCUUCUAUGGUCUGUGUCCGUUGCUCCUAGGGGCCACAAUGGCUGUGGAACGCUUCGUGGGCAUCAAUUGGCCUUUCGCACGCUCCGCGAACGUUCCCAAGAGCCGAGCCUGCUAUGUGGUGGCCGGGGUGUGGGUGACAGCCGGAUUGAUCAGCCUGCUUCCUAUCAUGGGCCUGGGCAGCUACCACCUCCAGCCGCCUGGCUCCUGGUGCUUCCUCAACAUCAGCAGCCGCUUCCCUGUGGACAUGGCCUUCUGCCUCAUCUUCUCACUGGUGGGGCUGCUGUCGCUGUUCGUGUCCUUUGUCCUCAACACUGUGAGUGUGGUUACACUGCUGAGGGUCUGCUGUAGACAGGACUCCACCCAGCGGCGGAAAGAUUACGAAGUGGAGAUGAUGGUGCAGCUCAUCUUGAUCAUGGUCAUUGCUUCCAUCUGCUGGUGUCCGCUAUUGGUGUUUAUUACACAAACUGUGCUUUCGGACAAAGCACUCAGUGUCCACGGGCUAUUGCUCUGGAUUCGAUUUGCCACAUGGAACCAGAUCCUGGACCCCUGGGUCUAUAUCCUCUUCCGCCGAUCCGUACUGAAGCGUGUGUACCCGCGCAUGGACUGGUCCCGGGGCUCCAUCGCCAGCCUCUACCCCUCUUUCUCCAGCUCUAUGCGUAAGCUCACGCGGGCCUCCCUGGGGGCCACCAGCAGGCUCGGCGAAACGGAGCUCAACGGUCAAAACUCCCAGGAGCUCAACGGUCAAAACUCCCAGGAGCUCAAAGGUCAAAACUCCCAGGAGCUCAAAGGUCAAAACUCCCAGGAGCUCAACAGGCAAAACUCCCUGGAGCUCAAUGGCCAAAGCUCCCAGGAGCUCAAUGGUCAAAACUCCCAGGAGCUCAAUGGUCAAAACUUCCAGGAGCUCAACAGGCAAAACUCCCAGGAGCUCAAUGGUCAAAGCUCCCAGGAGCUCAAUGGUCAAAGCUCCCAGGAGCUCAAUGGUCAAAGCUUCCAGGAGCUCAACGGUCAAAGCUCCCAGAAGCUCAACGGUCAAAACUCCCAGGAGCUCAAUGGUCAAAACUCCCAGGAGCUCAAUGGUCAAAACUCCCUGGAGCUCAAUGGUCAAAACUCCCAGGAGCUCAAUGGUCAAAACUCCCUGGAGCUCAAUGGUCAAAACUCCCAGGAGCUCAAUGGUCAAAGCUCCCAGGAGCUCAAUGGUCAAAGCUCCCAGGAGCUCAACGGUCAAAACUCCCAGGAGCUCAACGGUCAAAACUCCCAGGAGCUCAACGGUCAAAAAUCCCAGGAGCUCAACGGUCAAAAAUCCCAGGAGCUCAACGGUCAAAACUCCCAGGAGCUCAACGGUCAAAAAUCCCAGGAGCUCAACGGUCAAAAAUCCCAGGAGCUCAACGGUCAAAACUCCCAGGAGCUCAACGGUCAAAACUCCCAGGAGCUCAACGGUCAAAACUCCCAGGAGCUCAACGGUCAAAAAUCCCAGGAGCUCAACGGUCAAAAAUCCCAGGACCUCAAUGGUCAAAACUCCCAGGAGCUCAACGGGCAAAACUCCCAGGACCUCAACGGGCAAAACUCCCAGGAGCUCAAGCAGGAAGAUGCUCUGUUACCAGUGCAGAGAACCUCUCCUAACUCCUAAUCAUUUCUAUUUCUGUUAUCAUUCCGGACCUGUAUUUUCACGUUUUUCCAUUUAAAGCAUCAUGGGAAGGUAUGAGGAGGCGUCUGAGCCCUGCGUGCGUUAUAUGUAUUUUUUUUUCUUCCAUAAAAUGCUCUAAAGCAUGUUCUGAAACGACCUCUUCCAGUGUUUUUUGACCUUCACCACCCGAGAGGGCUUCGUUAACCGCUUUGUCAGGCUGAAUUAAGUGGAUUCUGUCAGUGACAUAUGUUUCGAAUCCUCCUGAGAUAACUCACUGAUGAGAGCAGCAUGCUGUGGACUUGGAUCAGGCUGUGUGGGCGUUGACCAGCGCUGCUGGCCACUGUGGCUGAGUCCUGCAUAGCAAUUGUUUAUCUAUGUGCGAGUGUUAUGUAUUUGCAAGGACGUAACUGAUGACUUACAAUAGGAGGGAAAGAAAUGGGACGGAUACAUUUCUGGAAAUAUGAUCAAAAACAUGCAGCUUGCUUUAUGCCACAAGACUUAGUGUUAGCGACCAAGCUGACAAACAAGACAAACUCUAGGCAGUCGACACAUAAUCAUAAGGCCAUAUGAUUACUAUUGGUGACUUUAUAGUCACCCUGAAUUGUCAUGCGUGCAAAUAAUGUGUGGAUCCAGACAUCAAAGCACUGUUUUUAUCAUUUCAGCUUCAGCUCAGUUUGUAGUGAAGUGUUUCUCCAGCUCACAGUGCGACAUCAGGGCUUCUCAGCUCCAUAUUAAUCCACACUUUCACUGCACAGAGAAGCACAGAUCAGAUCCAGUUGUUUGUGUCAUGUGAUCUGAGAAGAUCUGGGAGUUUGACUUCUUAUUUAUAGCCCAAGCUCGUUAUGUGUUGCUCUCUCUUUGCCCUGUCCUCAAGUCUGAAUGCCCUAAAGACAAAACGACAAGAAAUUCUGUGACAAACUGA